AUGUGGGGAGCGUCAGCGCAUCGGGUGGCUCCCGGUUCUCCCAAAAUCAACAAGGAACAGGUCCCUCAGGGCUCGCCCCCGGUCUCCAAGCCAAUGUCUACUCCUCUUUCCCCUCUCAGCAGUACUCAGCUGCAACUCCAAUUGCCCUCGGGCUUCGACCACGUUCGUGGUCGUACACUUAUCACACCGCGAGGGCGAUGGAGGGUCGGAAAGGUGGUCAUGAUCGCAUGCAAGGUGUUUUCGUUGGUGUCACACAAAUGGGAAACGCGCCCACAGAGCUCGUCAAGCGAGGAGUCCCUAGAGGACCACGAGAGUCGACACAACGACAACAGCAACCAUCCACACAAUCUACAGGUGUCGAUAGCCAUGCCCAGUGUAUCGCAAUAUCAGCAAUCCUCCACGAGACGAUUGGCAUUUGGCGGCGCGGAAACGGACAGUGACGAUCGUCUGAAAAAGCAAUUGGAUUUCUACAAAAAUACGACAUUGACGAAUUUGAGUAAGCUUUUCUGUGCAAUCGUUCUUUUGACAGCGUUUUUCCUCGUCAUGUCUCGCUCCAUCAACUUCGAUGGUCACUUUUUCGAUUCAAAAACAUUUCGACAAGAUCAGCCAAACUGGAAGGGCGAUGAACCAAUGGGCGCCGUUUGUGCCGCUCCUGAGGUUAAGGAACAAAUCUCAAUGAAUCGCAAAAUCGAGAAAAUGAUGCGGAAACAGCAGGAGGACGAGUUGGGAAAUCAGAAAUUGCUGCUUUUAGGCACUGGCGAAUGCGGGAAGAGCACGAUUCUGAAACAAAUGCAAAUUUUGCACAGUAAUGGCGCCACCGAGAAGGAAUUGAUGGAUAAACGGCCGCUCGUCUAUAGUAAUCUCGUCACCGGAAUGGCGACGAUCAUUCGCGCGCUCGACAAAUUCAUCUACCAGUUGAGCGAUCAGGAUCGAGAGAUGGACGCUCGUCGUGUGCUCUCGCUGGCCGAAUCGGAGAAACUUCUGCUCGAUUUGACACCCGAUAUGAUGGACACAUUAAAAAACCUCUGGGCCGAUCAAGCUAUUCAAAGGGCUUUCGCUCGCCGCUCCGAAUUUCAAGUGGGCGACUCGUUGAAAUAUUUUAUGGACGAUUUGGAGCGAAUAGCUUCUCCAUCGUAUCGGCCCACGAAAGAGGACUAUUUGCAUAUUCGAGUGCCGACAACGGGGGUCGUUCAAGUGAAUUUCCCCAUCAAACAGUGCAUUUUUCGAGUAUUCGACGUGGGCGGGCAACGAUCGGAGCGACGAAAAUGGAUUCACCAUUUCGAUGAUGUCAACGCGGUGAUCUAUAUUUGUGCGGUCAAUGAGUACGAUCAAAUGUUGAUGGAGGAUAAUCGAACGAAUCGUAUGCAAGAGUCGAUGGAUCUCUUCGAAACGAUUUGCAAUAGUCGAUGGUUUAAGCAGUCAUCAAUGAUCUUGUUUUUGAAUAAAAAGGAUCUAUUUCGAGAGAAAAUUCACCUUGUGCCAUUGGGACAAUAUUUUCGUGAGUAUCGAGGUGCAAAUACGUAUGAAGAUGCGAUGUCAUUUCUCGCUGAGACUUUCAAAGCGAUGAACGAGUAUCGGAGGCAUCGAAAGUUGUAUGUGCACGAGACUUGUGCAACCGACACGACACAGGUGCAAUUCGUGAUCGACUCGGUAAUCGAUACGGUGAUUGGCAAGAAUUUGCGAGGCACCGGCAUAAAA